AUGUCCCCUACGACACAUACUACGAACGGUGUGAAUGGCCUCAACCACGCAAACGGUGCGAGCAAAACGGUCGAGAAGAGUUCAAAGAUGCACUCGAAAGUGGUUAUCAUAGGUUCAGGACCCGCAGGACACACAGCAGCCAUCUAUCUCGCACGGGCGAACCUGAAUCCAGUCCUCUUUGAGGGUUUUAUGGCAAAUGGCUUCGCCGCAGGCGGUCAACUAACAACGACCACAGAUAUCGAGAAUUUCCCUGGUUUCCCCUCAGGAAUCCUAGGGCCGGAGCUUAUGGAUAAAUUCCGCGCACAAUCCAUGCGAUUCGGCACGAAAAUCGUUACCGAGACAGUAUCGAAAGUUGACCUUUCUGCGAGACCAUUCCGGUACUGGCGCGAGUUCCAGGAAGAUCAGGAUCCUGAGACAGCAGAUACCCUAAUAAUUGCAACGGGUGCGAGUGCAAAACGGCUAGGUCUCAAAGGCGAAGAGACAUACUGGCAGAGUGGUAUCAGCGCUUGUGCCGUCUGUGAUGGCGCUGUGCCCAUAUUUAGAAAUAAGCCUCUUGCUGUGAUUGGUGGCGGUGAUUCUGCUGCCGAAGAGGCUACUUAUUUGACGAAAUACGGUUCGCACGUCUACGUUCUAGUCCGGAGGGCGGAGCUGCGUGCAUCGAAGAUUAUGGCAAAACGGUUACUCAACAAUCCCAAAGUCACAAUCCUUUGGAACACUGUUGCGAUGGAGUGCCAGGGUGACGGUGACCUGCUGAACAACCUGAGAAUUAAGAACGUCUUGACGGGCGAGGAGAAGGAUCUCCCCGUCAAUGGAUUAUUCUACGCUAUUGGCCACGAGCCUGCGACAUCGCUUGUCCGAGGCCAGUUGCAAACUGAUCCGGAAGGUUACAUCAUCACCGUGCCAGGGACAACGCAGACGAGUGUCAAGGGCGUGUUCGCUGCCGGUGACGUACAAGACAAACGAUACCGUCAAGCGAUUACGAGCGCGGGCAGUGGCUGCAUGGCCGCUCUCGAGGCCGAGCGGCUGAUCGCGGAGGAGGAGGAGGGUGUCGACGAGUAG